AUCAACUAAUGAUAAACAUUCUAUGACCAAGUUAAAUGCUCCUGUUCAUAUUGCAACUAUAACCAAACAACAAGAGGAAUCGAACAAAGAAGAUGGAAGUAUAUGGAUUGUAAAACCGGAAAAGAAAACGAAUGUCGAUCAGAAAAAACUUGAAAAAGCAAAUGAGAAAAUCAAACAAAAACAAGACAAGAAAGCAGACCAGCAGUUAAAACCUGCAACACCAGCCUUUUUAGCCGAAGCAUCAGCAAGUCAAGCAAUCAGUAGAAAAGAAACGAAAACCGAAUCAGCAGGCCGUAAUAAAACAACCGAUAUUCACAUCGAAAAUUUCGAUAUCGCGUUUGGUAGCAAAGUUUUGUUUGAGGCGGCGAACCUUCAUGUUGCAUUCGGUCGUCGUUAUGGUUUAAUUGGAAGAAAUGGGAUGGGAAAGACGACUCUUCUUAAAAUGAUCUCAACAAAAAAUCUUUCGAUCCCGAAUCACAUCCGUAUCCUUCAUGUGGAGCAGGAGGUGGAUGGUGAUGACACUGUUGCUCUUCAGAGUGUGCUGGAGAGUGAUACAGUGAGGGAAGCACUCAUCAGGGAGGAGAGGGAGCUGCAUCGGAAGUUGGAUAAUCAUGAGCAGGCGGAUAGUUCAAGGUUGACAGAAAUCUAUGCAAAGUUAUCGGAGAUUGAAGCAGACAAAGCUCCCGCACGUGCUGCUGUUGUGUUGGAUGGUCUUGGUUUUACUCCAGAAAUGCAGAAAAUGACGACAAAAGAGUUUUCUGGUGGAUGGCGAAUGAGAUUAGCAUUGGCUCGAGCUCUGUUUGCAAAACCUGACCUAUUACUACUUGACGAACCGACGAACAUGUUGGAUAUUCGCGCCAUUUUAUGGUUGGAGGAUUAUUUACAGACUUGGAAGAGCACGAUCAUCACAGUUUCUCACGACCGUAGUUUCCUGGAAGCUGUUUGCACCGAUAUCCUUCAUCUUUUUAACAAACAACUGGAGGCUUACAGAGGAGGGUUUGAGCAGUUCCUCCUCACCAAAGAUGAGAAAAUGAAGAACAAACAGAAGGAGUAUGACGCACAGAAACAAUACCGGGAACAUCUGCAG